CCGAGCCCUGGCGGCGACCGCCAGUCGGCGCCGCCCGGAGCCGGGAGCGCGGCUCCAGCGAGGCGCGGGCUGUGGGGCCGCCGCGUGUCUGGCCCCGCUCGCCCGUGCCGGCCGCUCGCCCGCCAUGCCUGGUUUCGACUACAAGUUCCUGGAGAAGCCCAAGCGACGGCUGCUGUGCCCACUGUGCGGCAAGCCCAUGCGCGAGCCUGUGCAGGUUUCCACCUGCGGCCACCGUUUCUGCGACACCUGCCUGCAGGAGUUCCUCAGUGAAGGCGUCUUCAAGUGCCCUGAGGACCAGCUUCCUCUGGACUAUGCCAAGAUCUACCCAGACCCGGAGCUGGAAGUACAAGUAUUGGGCCUGCCUAUCCGCUGCAUCCACAGUGAGGAGGGCUGCCGCUGGAGUGGGCCACUACGCCAUCUACAGGGCCACCUGAAUACCUGCAGCUUCAACGUCGUUCCCUGCCCUAAUCGCUGCCCCAUGAAACUGAGCCGCCGUGAUCUACCUGCACACUUGCAGCACGACUGCCCCAAGCGGCGCCUCAAGUGCGAGUUUUGUGGCUGUGACUUCAGUGGGGAGGCCUAUGAGAGCCAUGAGGGUAUGUGCCCCCAGGAGAGUGUCUACUGUGAGAAUAAAUGUGGUGCCCGCAUGAUGCGGCGGCUGCUGGCCCAGCAUGCCACCUCUGAGUGCCCCAAGCGCACUCAGCCCUGCACCUACUGCACCAAGGAGUUCGUCUUUGACACCAUCCAGAGCCACCAGUACCAGUGCCCAAGGCUGCCUGUUCCCUGCCCCAACCAGUGUGGUGUGGGCACUGUGGCCCGGGAGGACCUGCCAGGCCAUCUGAAGGACAGCUGUAGCACUGCCCUGGUGCUCUGCCCAUUCAAAGACUCCGGCUGCAAGCACAGGUGCCCUAAGCUGGCAAUGGCACGGCAUGUGGAGGAGAGUGUGAAGCCACAUCUGGCCAUGAUGUGUGCCCUGGUAAGCCGGCAACGGCAGGAGCUGCAGGAGCUUCGGCGAGAGCUGGAGGAGCUAUCAGUGGGCAGUGAUGGUGUGCUCAUCUGGAAGAUUGGCAGCUAUGGACGGCGGCUACAGGAGGCCAAGGCCAAGCCCAACCUUGAGUGCUUCAGCCCUGCCUUCUACACACAUAAGUAUGGUUACAAGCUGCAGGUGUCUGCAUUCCUCAAUGGCAAUGGCAGUGGCGAGGGCACACACCUCUCGCUGUACAUUCGUGUGCUGCCUGGUGCCUUUGACAAUCUCCUUGAGUGGCCCUUUGCCCGCCGUGUCACCUUCUCCCUGCUGGAUCAGAGCGACCCUGGGCUGGCUAAACCACAGCACGUCACUGAGACCUUCCACCCCGACCCAAACUGGAAGAAUUUCCAGAAGCCGGGCACGUGGCGGGGCUCCCUGGAUGAGAGUUCUCUGGGCUUUGGUUAUCCCAAGUUCAUCUCUCACCAGGACAUUCGAAAGCGAAACUAUGUGCGGGAUGAUGCAGUCUUCAUCCGUGCUGCUGUUGAACUGCCCCGGAAGAUCCUCAGCUGAGUGCAGGCAGGGUUUGAGGGGAAAGGACCAUGGGGCAUGACCUCAGUCAGGCACUGGCUGAACUUGGAGAGGGGGCCGGACCCCCGUCAGCUGCUUCUGCUGCCUAAGUUCUGUUACCCCAUCCUCCCUCCCCCAACCACCCUCAGGUGCCUCCAAUUGGUGCUUCAGCCCUGGCCCCUGGGGGGAACAGGUCUUGGGGUCAUCAAGGGCUGGAAACAAGUGACCCUAGGGCCUGUCUCCCUUCUUGGGUAGGGCAGACUUGCCUUGGUGCCGGUAACACAAUACCCGGACUGAGGUGCCUGCUCAGGUGCUAUGUCCCAAGAGCCAUAGGGGGGUGGGAGUUGGGGAUGGAGAAGGGGUAGUACAAAGAGUCUGUCUUGAGAUCUGAUUUUUUUUCCCCUUUCCCUAGCUGUGCCCCCUCUGGUUAUUUAUUUCCUUAGUGCCAGGAGGGCACAGCGGGGGAGCCCUGCUUUUUAAUAAACCUGGAAUUGUAUUUAUUAA